AUGACAGUGGGAUUUCUUGGAUUUUUGAGGAAAAAUCUCAUUGCAGACGAGUCUGAAAAUUCUGGAACCGAGAACGACGAGGAGGACACUUACUCCGAUGCAAUAAACGCUCUUUCGCUAAACGAGUCGUGCAGUGUUAGUGGCGUGAGCGGGAGCCACGGCACGGGAGUGAGGCCUUCCGGAACAUUUUCGGUCGACAAACAGACGCGGGAUUUCAUGAUGAGUCGAUUCUUGCCGGCUGCGAAAGCAGUUGUUGUACUCGAGACGCCUCAGUAUGUGGCCAAAAAGCCGUCGGUGGUGGGGCGUAAGGAUGAGGAAAUUGUUAAGGUGAAGAAAAAUUUCGUGUCGGGGGAGAUUACGAGGCCUCUUGUAAGGAAAUACGGGUCAGCUGAGGUACUCCCGUAUUAUGGGAGAUACGGUUUUGAUAAUGAAGAGAGUGAGGAUGAUGAGGAUGAGAAGAUUGGUCGUGUGCCGGUGAAGAAGCCAGGGAAGAAGUGGGGAAUUAUCCCCCGCAUAUGCAGCGUGAAGAGUUCGAUGUGCCUGCUGAACCCAUUGCCGGCUAUGAAGUCCAAGAGCCGUCCCCCGACUCCUACAGCCGGUGAGGAGAGGAGGUUGAGGAGGAAUGCCGUUAGUGGGCCUCUCGACAAGAACGGACGCCAGCUCACCCCUCCUCCGAGAAAGAAGUACCACUCGGGUCAGAUCUCGAGAGACCUCCGUGGGCCCCACGACACCAACAUCACGAAUAAAUCGAGCAUCCACGACUCGUCUUACCCUCUCCUCACUUCCCGAGACUCCCCUCUUCGGCGCUACCGCAGUGGAAGCGUCUCCCCCUACCGAAACGAGUCCCCACGCUCAGCUUUUCGAGAAGCGUCUGGUUUUCUAGGCGUCCCGAAAGAAAUCGACCCCAAAAUAGCCUCUUCACGCAAAAUGUUCAAUGCCCUGCGUGACGUGUCCAGGAACCAUGCGGUCGAGAAAACAGUGUACGUUGAUUCGGUUAGAAAAGUCGUGGAGAAAAGGUCUGGUUCGAAAUAUACGGAUUAUGAUGAGGUGAAAAAGGAUGUUAAGAAGUCGCUUCUGCGUCCGCCUCUGCCGAAAUCGCCGUCCGAGUCUUGGUUGUGGCGGACUUUGCCGUCGUUUGGACAGUCGAGAAGGAAUAGUGGUGAGCUGAACGGUUCGUCCGGAGGUGAUGAUGCGAAAUGGGAGAAUAUCGUCAAGAGCUCCAACAUACGGCACGAUCAUCACGCUUGUUACUCGGAGGAGCUUAUACCUCAUGUGUCUUACAAACAAAGCAAAUCCUAG